CACUAUCUGCCUCCAUACAUAUUUAAUCGAAGGGAAACCCAAAAAAAGCUUCAAAUCAAAUCAUGGCGAUGGCGAAGGCGAAAUACGAUCUGACACCUCGAAUUGCUCCGAAUCUCGACAGGCAUCUGGUGUUUCCGCUGUUGGAAUUCACUCAAGAACGUGAGCUUUACCCAAACGAUCAAAUCCUUAAAGCUAAGAUCGAGCUUUGAACAACACUAAUUUGGUUGAUUACGCCAUGGAUAUCCACAAGUCCCUUUACCAUACCGAAGAUUUUCCUCAAGAUAAGGUGGACAGGAGAGUAGAGGUAGUGGCAAGAUUGAAGUCUCUGGAGGAGGCAGUGGCUCCACUUGUAACAUUUUUGCAAAAUCCAAGUGCAGUGCAGGAGUUGAGGGCUGACAAGCAGUAUAACCUUCAGAUGCUCAAUGAUCGUUAUCAGAUAUGAUUUGGAAGGAAUGAUGGUUACGAAAGUGAUACAUGUAGUUUAUGACGAUGUGUGGUCAUUGAUGGUGGUGGUAGAGUUUAGGUUUGACUUAUUUGAAUAUGUGAAUUAGUGUAUAAUGGAUUGUAUUAUGUUGUGAAUUUUAUA